AUGGGUCGCAGUGGAAAAGGCCCCAAGAACAACAAGCAAAAUCUCGCUCCAGAGAAGGAAAGAUUCAUUCAAUGUUGUGCCGAUAUUACUUUGGAACUAACAAGUUCUUUGACAUCUGGGACCACCAGAGAAAUUAACUUGAAUGGUCUUAUCACUAAAUAUUCUAAAAAAUACAAGUUGAGACAACAACCGAGGCUGACUGAUAUUAUUAAUGCAAUCCCAGACCAAUAUAAGAAGUAUCUUUUACCAAAACUAAAGGCCAAGCCUGUGAGAACAGCUUCGGGUAUCGCUGUUAUUGCCGUUAUGUGUAAACCACAUCGUUGCCCCCAUAUUGCAUAUACCGGUAAUAUCUGUGUAUACUGUCCCGGUGGGCCUGAUUCCGAUUUCGAAUACUCUACACAGUCCUAUACUGGUUACGAGCCCACCUCUAUGCGUGCCAUUAGAGCCCGUUAUGACCCUUACGAGCAAGCGCGUGGUAGAAUUGAACAAUUGAAACAAUUGGGUCAUUCUAUCGACAAAGUCGAGUAUAUCAUUAUGGGUGGUACUUUCAUGUCUUUACCUAAGGAUUACCGAGAAGAUUUCAUUGUCAAACUUCAUAACGCUUUGUCCGGUUUUAAUGGUAAUGAUAUCGAUGAGGCAAUUCAAUAUUCGCAACAAAGUUUAACUAAAUGUGUUGGUAUAACCAUCGAGACCAGGCCGGAUUACUGUACUCAGACACAUUUGGACGAUAUGUUGAAAUACGGCUGUACAAGACUGGAGAUCGGUGUGCAAUCUUUAUAUGAAGAUGUUGCCCGUGAUACCAACAGAGGUCAUACCGUAAAGUCCGUAUGUGAGACUUUUAGCGUCGCUAAGGAUGCUGGUUACAAAGUUGUCUCUCAUAUGAUGCCUGAUUUGCCCAAUGUAGGCAUGGAGAGAGACAUUGAACAAUUUAAAGAAUAUUUCGAAAAUCCAGCUUUCAGGACAGAUGGGUUGAAGAUCUACCCAACAUUAGUCAUUAGAGGUACUGGUUUAUACGAACUUUGGAAGACAGGAAGGUAUAAGUCAUACAACGCCAACGCGCUUGUGGAUUUGGUUGCAAGAAUCAUGGCACUGGUCCCACCAUGGACAAGAAUUUAUCGUGUGCAAAGAGAUAUUCCAAUGCCUUUGGUCACUUCUGGUGUGGAUAAUGGUAAUUUAAGAGAGUUGGCAUUGGCCAGGAUGAAAGACUUCGGUACCAAGUGUCGAGACGUACGGACCAGGGAAGUUGGUAUUCAGGAAGUCCAUCACAAGGUACAACCUGAUCAAGUAGAGCUUAUCAGGAGGGAUUACUAUGCGAACGGCGGUUGGGAGACUUUCUUAUCAUACGAAGACCCAAAGAAAGAUAUCUUGAUUGGUUUGUUAAGACUAAGAAAGGCUUCAAAAAAUAACACAUACAGAAAAGAGUUCACGUCUCAACGUACAUCGAUCGUGAGAGAGCUUCACGUUUACGGUUCUGUCGUACCAUUGCAUUCGAGAGACCCACGUAAAUUCCAGCAUCAAGGGUUUGGUACUUUAUUGAUGGAGGAAGCAGAGAGGAUAGCACUCGAAGAGCACGGUUCAGAAAAGAUUUCUGUCAUUUCAGGUGUUGGUGUUAGAACAUACUAUGGCAAAUUGGGUUAUGAAUUAGACGGUCCAUAUAUGUCAAAGAAAUUAGUCGCCUCUUUUUAA